GGAAAAAGUUGGUACUGUACUGUACGAAGUAGCAGCACCAGCGUCUCCUUCUUCUGCUCCCUCCACCCCUCGCCUCACUGCCCCACCUGGCGAGACCCAAGCUGUUCCGUAGUUGCGUCACCGGCCCCCGAAGCUUGUCAUGGCCUGAUGGAAUGAAUCCGCUGGCGGCGGCUUGCUGCUCCCGUCCGCCGUUCCCGCCCCAUCCCGGUCCGUUUCCAUCUCCUUCUGCGGCACCACCUCGUCCCGCAACAAAAACCGCCGCCAAUCAUCACCAAGUCGGUUCACACAUCCUGCCAUCCUGUCGAGCAGCACAGCCGCCCGUGGUGGAAGCCGCGGAACCCCCAGCCGGUCCGUCAUCAGCGCGUUCAAGCAGAGUACACAUAGAGCCAGGCAGGCGGACUGGCAGGCUCGAAGAAUCGAGAGUAUCGGUCGACUCGACACAAAAGUCUGUGUUCGCUUUAUAUCCAGACAUCCGGCAUUCCUCUGUUCGCCAUGAGCGUGCUCCGUCCGUUGCGAGGCGGGUGUCAAUGCGGCCGCAACCGCUACAUCAUCGCAGUGCCGCAGGAUGGCGUCGGCGAGGCUCAGGUGCUCUUCAACACAGAGCCCGUCCACCAGAUUCCCCUUGCGACGCCGCUCGCGGCCUACAUCCGCGUGCCGCUCUCGUGGUACCACAGCACGACGUUUGCUUUCUUCCCGGACGAGACGCAUAGCAUGAUCCGGCGGGCUUACACGCACCCGAGCCAAGAGUACUCGAAACGGCACUUCUGCGGCUUCUGCGGCACUCCGCUUUCGUACUGGUCCGAAAACCCGCGAAGCGAGGCCGACUAUAUCCAAUUGACGCUGGGGAGUCUGCUUCGGGAGGACCUGGCCGAUCUUGAGGACAUGGGCCUGAUCCCCGACGACACGAACGAGGAGGAGGGCGAGGGUAACGACGACCGACAACGGCAGCAGCGGGACACGCCGACCAAGAGUAUGGCGCUGCGCGAGUCGCUGGGCGUGCCGUGGUUCGACGGCAUGGUCGAGGGCACGCGGCUGGGCAACCUGCGACGCAGUCAGGGCGUGCACCGCUCCGAGGACGGUAGCGUCCGUGUCGAGUGGGAGAUUGUCGAGUUUAGUGACGGCCCGGGUGGUGACGAUGUGGACAUGAGCACGGGCUCGCGAUCGCCGAGCAAGCGAAAGCUAGGAGACCGCGAGGCGUAGCAAGGCGGAGAUCAAUGGCGAAGAUGAACAACCAACUCCUGGCUCGCCCUAAGGUAGAGAAGGGAAACCCGUCUUGACGACGGGCUAGACAGUGUCAACCAAGUGCUUGGAGGCAUCGUCAAGGGGGUUUCAAUUGGGAGGGGCGUUUGCACAUUUGUUUGCGUCAUCUCCGUUGGUAGUCAUCCUGCCAGUAAUCGAGCAGUAGAGGAUGCUGGGCUUGCGGCGCGGGGGCUGAUUACAUGUGUC